AUGCUCACCCACUCCAGUAAUUUCGAAGGGCUUGCACUGAAGGAUGUGAUUCCCAAGGACCGUAAGCCCUUUUGGAAGGAUGGCACCCUUCUCAAGCUGAACGCUCUGCUAUUGUGUGCCUUGCUCACCCAAAUCACCUCUGGCUAUGACGGUAGCAUGCUGAACGGCAUGCAAUCGCUUCCCCAGUGGCAGAAGUACUUCGGUAAACCGACGGGCACUCGCCUUGGAGCGAUGACCUUUGGCCCGAAUGGAGGAACGCUCAUCUCGGUGCUGAUCUCGUCACAGCUCUGUGAGAGGUAUGGCCGUCGCUAUCCCAUCUGUGGGGGCUCUAUCAUUAUUAUUAUCGGCUCCAUUCUUCAAACAGCCGCUGCCAACUACGCCAUGUUUGUCGUCUCUCGCUUCUUCGUCGGCUUUGGACUGGGCAUUGUGGCCACAGCAGCCCCACCUUUGCUCUCCGAAGUCGCUUACCCAACACAUCGUGGUAUUCUGGUCUCGUUCUAUUUGUGCACAUGGUCAUUGGGCUCCUUGAUUGCGGCCUGGGUGACCUAUGGCACUUUCAAGAUGACGGACUCGUCCUGGAGCUGGCGCAUCCCCAGUGUCCUGCAGUGUUUCUUCUCCCUCGUCCAAGUCGUCUUGAGUCUGUUGGCCCCAGAGUCUCCGAGAUGGCUCAUCUACCAGGGACGCCGACAGGAAGCGUUGAAUAUUCUCACCAAAUAUCACGGGCAUGGCGAUCCGAAUUCACCUCUGGUGCGGUUCGAAAUGGCAGAAAUCACGGCGACCUUAGAGGUAGAGAAGGUGCAGAGGCUCUCUCGCUGGACAGAGUGGGUGGCCACUCCAGGCAAUCGCCACCGUUUCUUCUUAGCGCUCUAUAUCCCAGCCAUGCUCCAGUGGGCCGGCAACGGGCUCACCUCUUACUAUCUGUCCAAGGUGCUCAAAACGAUCAACGUGACAAACCCCAGGACCCAAUUGAUUAUCAACGCAUGUCUUGCCGUCUGGAGCUUCCUGACAGCCACCGUUGCUGCCACUCUAGUUGAUCGCGCUGGUCGACGACGCCUGUUCCUCCUGGGCAUGGGAGGCAUGGGCAUUGCUUACACUCUGUGGACUAUUUGCUCCGCACUCAACGAAGAACGAGGCUUCAAGGAUAAGGGUUUUGCCGCUGCAGUCCUCUUGAUGAUCUUCAUCUUUAGUGCGUGCUACCACAUGUGCUCUCCCAUUGCGCCUACCUAUAUCAUGGAAGUCGUCCAAUAUUCGCUGCGCGCCAAAGCAUCGAUGAUGUACCAGUUGACUGGUAAUUUGGCCGGCAUCUAUAACAGUUUUGCCAACCCCGUUGCCAUGGAUGCUAUCUCGUGGCGAUAUUACAUUGUCUGGUGUUGUGUGAUUGGUAUCCACUUCACUCUUAUCUACUUCUUCUUCCCGGAGACUAAAGGGAAGGGUCUGGAAGAAGUGGCUGAAAUUUUCGAUGGGCCUGAUGCGCUGGCUGGUGUCAAUGCAAUGAAGAGCAUGGGUCUGGAUGUCAAUGUUGACAAAGCUGUUGCAAUUGGCUAUGGGCAGGAGGCUGAGUCCGAUGCGGUGAAGACUGGAACAGCUCACGUUGAGCGUGUUUAA